GAAGGCCUUAACGUGACCGCGACGAGGUGCUAACAUAAAGACCCUACAGAGUCACGUACUCGUACUCCAAGCAGCUGACUUCUGUGUUAUUUUUUAUCACUUCCCAUUCACCUUCGACGCAAAUCUUAUCUGUAAAAGCCAAGAAGUACUUUUAUUCUCAUGUCGUUUUUCUAUAUUUACAGUAAGUAAAUCUAUCACGAGAUAUUUGAAUGGAUCUGUUAUAUAUUUUCAAAUAAUCUAACAAUGAAGACGAGAGAUCGUCGAUUAAAGUACGACUCUCGGGGUGCAAAACAGGAGGUCAAAGGGACUAAGCAAGAAGUGCAAGGAUCGAAACAAUAUGGAGUGAGUGCAGAAAACCGUGGAAAGAAGCCGGAUGUUCGAGUGGACAAACGUUCAGCGAAUACCGAAAACUCAGCUGGUCGGACGCGUGCCAAGCGGUCUGGGGUGGAAGCUGUCAAACUGCACCUGCAGGCUACUGGGGGCACGGGCCGAUCAUCCCGCUCGGCUACCUCGGUUCGAAAAACAAGCAUCCGAAUGACUGCUAUCAAAGAGUACCCAUUCGACCUGAGCGACCUACAGAAUCAAGAGGCUAACCCUCCCCCGCCGGUGUCCGAGCGCCCCAAACAGCAGGCAGCCCCGCUGCCGCUACGGCCGUCUCUCGUGACUAACCCACACACUUCAAAUCCGGACAACAAGAGAAAAGUAUCAAUUAUGGCCGACGAAAACAGCAAAGACAGAGAAAAUGCACCCUCCGAAAGGAAUGGCCGCGUGUCAAGUCAAGCGGAGGGGCCAUCGCGGCGAAAAAGCAACCUCCACAAUGCUAUGGCAGGAGACUUGGAUACAUCUUGGGAUCGACCAACGCACAUCGAAGGAAGAUACAAGAAAUAUUCAACGACGUCCUCUAUUUAUUCCAAAAAAGCAUUAUCCCAGCAAAGUGAACACAUAGAAAGGUCGUGGUGGUACGCUUGUUGUGCAAAGUGUCAUCAAGAAGACUCCGGCAUUCCCUCGUGGGAACCUCCUCAUUGGCAGAAGAUAUGUCCAUACCCGCUAUGUCCAUCAUACCGGCAGUUCGCGCAGACCUUAUCAGUAUUCAUCAUUGGCAUACUGGUGUGGGCGGGUGUAUGGAUCAUCAUGGGCGACACCGUGGCGCCCGGCGGGCAGCUGUUCACGCUGACUGUGCUCACCAUCGCGGCCUACUUCGGCGGCUGGCUGAUGGUCAAGAUAACCACGCUCCCGGCACUCAUAGGAAUGCUUAUCGUAGGAAUUAUUAUGAAGAAUGUUGGUUUUGUCCACUUUGAUGAAGAUUACCAAAAAGUCUGCUCGUAUAUAAGGAAAAUAGCUUUAACGAUAAUUUUAACACGAGCCGGCCUGGAUCUGGACCCCGUUGCCAUGAAAAAGUUCUUCUUUACUGUAAUUAAACUAGCUUUGGUACCAUGGACCUUCGAGUGUGUUCUGUGUGCAGUGUUGGGGCACUUCUUGCUGGGGCUACCUUGGGAUUGGGCAUUCCUUUUAGGAUCGAUAGUAGCCGCCGUUUCACCCGCCGUGAUUGUGCCUUGCCUAUUCCGACUCAGAAACAAAGGCUACGGAGUAUCUAAGGGCAUCCCGACUUUGGUCCUCGCCGUGUCCGGAGUCGAUGAUGCUGCCAGUGUAGCCGUGUUCGGAAUUGUCUCCUCCAUCAUGUUCUCUAGUUCCUCCAUGACUAUGAAUAUUAUUCAAGGUCCUUUGAGUAUAAUUGUUGGGAUAGUGUUCGGUGGAGCUUGCGGCUACUUGGUGAAGGUAGUGCCGGAAAAGAACGAUGCCUUUGUCGUGCCUCUUCGAGUACUGAUGUUGUUGACGGGUGGGAUAGUCUCGGUGAUUGGUUCGGAAGAAAUCGGAUGGGGUGGCGCAGGACCCCUAGCGGUGAUCGCUUUUGCCUUCUUCGCUGGUAAAAACUGGUCGGAGCAGGGGUGGGAGAUGGAAGACAACCCCGUGGCGACCGCCUUCGAAAUAUUCUGGAUGUUCUUCGAGCCCAUGCUAUUCUCCGUUACUGGCGCUCAAGUUGUGAUCGCAGACCUGGAACUGGACUUAGUGUUCGUCGGAGGAGGUAUUUUAGUUGGAUGCAUGGUUCUUCGCGCCAUGCUUACUAGCACAUGCGCUGUGAGAAGUAACCUCAACAUGAAAGAAAAAAUAUUCGUCGGUCUUUCUUGGAUGGCCAAAGCCACCGUACAGGCUGCGCUCGGACCAGUUGCUAUGGAUUCUGUAAAAAAGAUGGCGGAACUCGCGGGUACACCCAUCGAUCCCCAGUUAGAGAGAUACGCGGACAUUGUCCUGAACAUCUGCAUUCUGUCGAUCGUGAUCACCGCUCCUCUCGGCGCGAUCGUCAUCACAAUCACUGGCCCUCGACUACUCACCAAGACCACGAAACCGCCUGUAUUAGAAGGCUGGCGUCGAUCGCACCGUCCGUCGAUCCGUGACAUUUCGAUCAUCGACGAAGAAGAAGUGGCGGAGCGCGAUGCGGAGGCCGACGCGCCGGAGUCUCCGGAGCCGCCGGCGCCCGCGCCUGCCUCGCCCGCCCCCGCCUCCACCCCCGCGGCCGCCAGCACGCCCGCGCCCGCACCCAUCACCGUCCAACCCAACAACCGCACAUGACCGAUCGACUCACUCUCUAAAUAGCAACUUUUUCGAACGAUCGAUAUCGUACUUAGGCCUCAUUAGUGAUGAAAUGUAUAACGAUGGAUUAUUUGCAGUCUUUACCACCCCGACGUGUUCAGUUUCACCGCCGGCAGAGAUUGGUAAGGACUGGAAAUAUCCACAGCAUCGUGAUAUAUCUAAUUAUCUACUAAUUAUAUUUUUGGAAUUUACUCUUGUUAUAUCAUCAAGUACUUAUUCCUAUAAUUCGUUACUUGUAAACAAAAACAAUAAUUCAUGUUGUAUAUUUUAUUAGAUAAAACAUAAAGAGAUUUUAAUUGCAACUAUUUUUGAUGUUAUCAUACGUAUAUGUAUAGGGAUGAGUGAGGGUAUCUAUACAUAUAUUGAGAAGUGUGUCUAAUCUUUAUUUUUGUAACAAGAUAAAGAUAUUAAUUACAUAUUUAAUAAAUGUAGGCCUCGCUUUAAACAAUGUUUAAAGACAUCAAGUACUUUAAGUCUCUGUUUAUUUUGUUUAAGAAUUAAGUAGUUACAAUAUUACCUAUUUAUUAUUACUUAGAUUCAAAUAUAGGUGCACUAUUAAAAAUGUAACCACCUGUGUAGGGGCCUAAUGAAGAAGUAUUUUCACAGUAUUCAUAACUGUAUAGUAGAUAAAAAGGGAAUAUAGAAAUACAAUAUGAAUAUGUACAAAGUACCUUUUAAGUGUAGAAAUAUUUCAUCACGCUAUAUAAUGUAUAAUUUAGUGAGUAUUGAACUGUGAUUUGAGAAAUGGCUUCAAAAACCGACUUGUAAAUAAUCUACCAUUAAAGUCAUAAAUAUUUUGAUGCAUUUGGUACUAAUACGUGUCGUAGGUACUCCUUAAAUUAUAGUGAUAUAGAAUAGAAGAUUUAUGGUAAUAUGUACCAAUUAUAAAUUGUUAUGGGACCAUAUUGUACUUAUUUAUAUAAUUCGUAUUAUUCGUUUCUGUAGGUAAGUAUUAUUUGAACUAUUACCUACGGAAACAUUACAGUGAUAAUAACUAAUUAGAAUUAUAUUUAUGGAAAACA